AUGGCGAGCUUUCUUCGAGGAAGGCAGGCAGGUAUGUCAAAUGACCUGUCAGCCAAUAUUCUUCCCGGUUCCUUUAUUCCAGAUGACCGAGCCCGCUACGGCAUUAAUUCCCAAAUUAGCUGUAUCGCCUAUGAACCCGUACAAUCUCUCCUAGCUAUUGGUACAAAUGAAUCCAAAUUCGGUAGCGGAAGGAUAUAUGUCUUCGGCCAAAGUCGCGUUCAGAAGCUGCUCGUCCCUAGUAGAUCAUGUUCAUUCUCCGAUAUACAAUUCUGUGCGAACCGAUUGGUUAGUCUUGAUACCAAGAAUGAGGUUGUGCUAUGGGAUCUCGAUACCGGCAAACGAAUCACCGGCUUUCGCGCCCCCGGUGUAGUCUAUUGCAUGCUUACCGACCCUAUGCUAGAUUGGUGCUUCCUCGGCAUGCAAUCCGGCGAAGUAUUCGCAUACGACCUUGAUCGGGAACGCAUGUCCCCUUUCAAACUUCCUAACUUCUGGUUAGAGAAGGAUCCUAAAGCUAGAGCUGUCACUGUUGUCUCACUGCGCUUGCAUCCCCGUGAUGUAGGAAAACUACUUAUUGCCUAUAAUCAUGGCGUAGUUGUCUAUUCAUUCAAGCAGAACACGCCUAACAAAUUCUUCGAAUAUCAAGUUCCGCCAGGUGCUCCGGGAGGCUCCAGUCAAGCCGUCGAAUCUAUGCGAAGGCCCAAACUUACCCACGCAUUAUGGCAUCCUACUGGAACUUUCAUACUGACAGCUCAUGAUGAUGGAAGCUUGGUAUUUUGGGAUGCAAGAGAUGGUCGAGUGGUCUUAGCACGAACGCUCUACGAUUCCAACAUUGACCAACCUGUGCCGAAUCCGGGAUCCACGAAUGCAAAGCAUCCUUUCGUGCGCAUUUCCUGGUGCUGUAAACAGAACCCAGAGGAUAGCGGGCUCCUUAUUGCUGGUGGUAAGAAGCUGGAAGAACCUUCAAAUGGACUUACUUUCAUCGAUCUCGGUGUUACGCCCAAUUAUGCCACUUCAUCAUGGCAAAUUCUGUCAGACUACCUAAAGGGUAAACAACAAAACACAAUAGAGACACCUAUCGGAGUCGGAAUUGCGGACUAUUUCCUCAUCCCACGCCUUUCACCCCACUUUGCCGGUGCCCAAGACCCGAUCGCCAUAAUGACCCUACUCACAUCAGGAGAGAUUCUAACCCUAAGCUUCCCGAGUGGCUACCCAAUUUCACCAACAAACCAACUUCACCCCUCCGUAUCCUUUGCUCAUCCAUUCGCGACGAAAUUCGCCGUUACCAACCUCGAUCGUGGUAGGUGGCUUGGAAUGGUCGAGAACCGGAGCCAAGGUGAGCCGUUGUUGAAGGGAGGCGCCGAGGCACCACGACCGCGCCGACGAUUCGAGGGAAGGACUGUCAUCCAAGUUGCCCACGCGGAUAGUACCGUCCGGAUUUGGGACGUUGGUCAUGGCGACGAGAUCGAGAAUCCCUCUCAAUUACAGGUCGAUGUCGCCCGUGCUCUUGACCGCUAUGAGGAUGUUGACAUAACGGCGAUGACUUUGGCUUCUGGUACUGGUGAAUUUGCCGUUGGUACCAGACAAGGUGAGGUUGUCAUAUACCGGUGGGGUGGCAACCAGUACUUCGGCAAACCCCAAAAUCAAAAGAUCGAUCCUAAUCCCGGAGGUAUCUCUAACAUUAGCACGAGGUCUGAGCCGUCACUUAAGAGUGGACUCCAACCUCAUGCUCUUUACGAAAUGAUGCAGGGCCCUAUUAGUGCCAUUAAAGCAUCGGAUGCGGGUUUCCUUGGUGUCGGAUCUGAGGGUGGAUUCUUUAGUAUUAUCGACCUUCGAGGACCCUCGGUCAUGUUCCAGGCCUCUAUGACUGAGUUCGUCAAGCAAGAAAAGCGAUCAUCAUUUCUAAAGCAUCGCUCUAGCGUGUCAGCGGGUAAAGAGUGGCCGGUGGAAAUUGAGUUUGGUGUUAUGACACUUGACGAGGAUAAAUAUUCCAGCAUAUGCUGUUUCGUUGGAACAAAUCUUGGAAAGGUCAUCACAUUCAAGAUUCUACCUUUAGGGAAUGGAUAUACGGCUUCUUUAGCGGGAAUUGCCCACCUGAAUGACAAAGUAGUAUCGAUCUGCCCUAUUGUCGCCGAUAGCGGUAAGCCCGCUCUCGCUACGGGACAGGCCGUCGCGGGUCUUCGGGAGGGUAAGCAUGUCAAUGGCUUGCUUGUUGUCGUUACACAAAGCGAAGCUCGUAUUUUCAAACCAGCUUCAUCUAAGGGUGCCUCGAAAUCAUUCGAUAAUUAUCUCUGCGACGCCGCUGCGGUGACCGAAUUCGAAUUGCACGGUAUGGCUUUGGUUGGUGUGUUCGGGGAUCUGACAACACGAGCUUUUAGUCUGCCAGGCCUCAAGGAGCUUGGAAGUUAUCCUCUACCUAUGAUGGAUGGUAGCCGGUGUAGCAGCUCCCUGGUUACGGAGGAUGGUGAUGUGUUCUGCUGGACGGGACCCUCCGAACUGGCGGUCCUCCAAGUAUGGGGUACUGGCAAAGAACUUGAGAACACAGCCGACAAGCUCAUCAACCCCGAACUCGAAAUCCCGCCGAGGCCGACCAUCUCGAAUGUGCAGUGGAUAUCGGGAACACAGUAUGUCUCCCCGACGGACUUGGAUCUUUUGAUCGGUGGUCCCGAUCGGCCCCCUAGUAAGCGAAUGAUCUCUGCAGCGGCGGCUAUGGAACGGAAUGCCCGAGCGGGACCUAGUGCGCAAUCCGGUGGCCAGGAAGGUUGGGGCGAAUACCUUACUAGACAACUAAAUGAACGGACGGAGAAGCUAAAUAUUAUGAACGACAGCUUAGACUCCGCUGCUGAUAGCAGUCAGAGGUGGGCUGAUGACAUGAGCAAGUUCGUCGGCCAGCAGAAGAGGAAGAUGGUACUAGGCGCUUUCACGAGCAAGUUCUCAUAGGAUGUACGUCGUUUUAUGAUUUCUAGGGUUUUUAUUUUCUAUGCUCGAGUAGACAUUGGGAGUUACAGACUGGACUGGUAAAGGGAUUCCCACCGACGCCGGCGAUGAAUUAGGUAUUGCGAUUGAUAGUCUACUUCUUUACUACCACUUAUAUCACACUGUGAUUGUUUUGAAACUGAUAGCUCAUAUCUCAAGAUACGGAAAAGCUCUAGAUUGGAGAUGCGAUUCUAGGCA